AACAUCUCUGCACAUCUCUCCAUUUUUCAUCGUCCUGAAUAUUCUGGGCCAAUCUGACGCCCUCCGCUCUGCGCCUCCGCCGCUCGCGCCAUCCGAUGGAGGAGGUCCAGGCCGCCGUGACGGCGCACCUGGACCAGGUGUCAGGCCUCGUCCAGGCGCUCUCCUCCGAGCUCCGCCGCGGGUUCGGGCCCGCCGCCGACAGCCUGCUCGCCUUCGUCCACGCCGUCGACUGGACGGAGCCAUGGCUGAUGUGCUUGAUGGCAUUCCACGCGAUUCUGCUGCUCACGGCCGUCGGGUUGAGGAGGAACGCCAAUUUCCAGCUCUUCUUGCUGUUUCUUGCUUAUUCAGGAGUUUAUCUUGCUGAAAAGAUAAAUAUCUAUAUGGCAGAUCACUGGAAGAGCAUUGCCAGACGGAAUUACUUUGACCGUGCUGGAGUUUUCAUUUCUGUUGUCUGGUCGGGUCCCCUUAUCGUCAUAUCUAUGGUCAUUGUGGUUAGCUCCCUUAUUACAUUAUGUCGGUUGAUGGUGAAAUGGAAGAGAGCAGAGCUAAGGCAUCGGGCUCAUCUUGCUCAGGACAAACAGGAUUGAUUGAAAGGAACAUUAUGUAGGUUGAUGGUGAAACGGAAGAGAGCAGAACAAAAUGAUUGGAGAUAAUGGUCUUUAAGAUCGCACCAAUGCAUUGCUCAAGUCUUGGGAGGAUGCCCAAGAAUCAAAUCAAGUAUUGUAACUGCUUGGUGUUCAAUCUCCUGAUGUCGUUAGCUGUUUGUUGUUAGUAACUGGUACAUCAGUUUUGUUCUAGUGGCCAUGAACU